AUGAUGAAGAAGAAGAAUGUAAAACAGCUGAAUUUGAAAAUGAAUAGCAUUAUGAAAAAGGGUUUGGAGCUUUCAACCCUAUGCGGGGUUGACGUUUGCAUAGUCUCUUUUGGGGAAGAUGGAAAAGUGGAGACAUGGCCAGAGAAUUCCAAUCAAUUGAAGCUAAUCCUCAAUCGCUACAAAGAAGAAAAAUCAAGAAUCCCGAUCAAGAACAACAACAACAUGGCUAUGGCUGCCGUUCAUGAUCAUGGAGAAUCAUCUAAAGCAGCAGCAGCACAUGUACAACCUUCUCCAACUAGAAUAAGAGGUUUGCUCGAUGGAUUGUCUACAAAAUCGUUACAAACAUUCUCCAACCAAAUUGAAGCCAGAUUGAAACUGAUUACCGAUAGAAUCAACAUCUUAUCAAAGACUAAUAAUGAUCCAUCUCAUUCUCAAUCUAUCAAACAUUCGGAACACUACUCUGCAAUCAAUUAUGGUGGUGAGGAUUGUUUUUCAAUACAACAAGAAUCUCCCAAUUUUGAAGACUUCUCUACGAUCAAAUCUGGUGAUGAUUUCUUCCGAGAUCUCUUAUCAAAUGAACAAUCUAUUCUCCCGUCAAAUCAAAUGCUAGAUUUCGAAAAUGAUUUUAAUUCUGGGUUCAUCACAAAACAAGGAUUUGUUACUGAUUGCGAGCUUCCGGCAUUGUGGGAUCACAAUGAAGUACUAGAAUAUGAUCCACUCCAAAAAAACUGGGACCCAUCUACUUCAAUGGAAAAUGAGGGAGUUCUGAAAAGCAAAACAACGUCAACGUCAACGAUGCACUCUACGGCAACGAACCGGUCCGGAGAAAUGUUUUCGGAUUUCGGAGCAACCGACUUUACUGCACCAGAUGUAUAUCCUCCCCUCGCCGAGUUCCAACAAGAGGUCCCGUUUAAUUCCAUGAUAGAUUUAUUGGAUUCGCAAUCUUGGUAUGAUAUCAUGUCUGCAACGCCGCUGCCGUCUCAAUUUUUACCGUCUAGAUAUGAUCAUGCUCAGUAA